GUUCAACGACAUGGGUACUUAUAAAGAACGGGCGACGAGUGUUGAUGGAGCUCGAGGGUACCCGGCACCUGCGAGUGAACAUGUUCACCUCUGCGAUACUGACUCUCAGUCUUGUGGCCGUAUCUGCUAGGGCAGUGCCGCAGCCUGUGACUCCGGACGUGCAGCCGAUCUCACUGUCUGCUCGCAAAGUGCCCAAGGGACAUGUUUCGUCGCUCCGCAAGAGGGCUGGCGUCUCGGCCAAUGUUGCUCUGGACGACUACUUCAACGGGACCGAUCUCCAGUGGUACGGUGAUAUCCAGGUAGGAACGCCACCACAAAACAUCAGCGUGAUAUUCGACACCGGAAGCUUUACCCUCGAGGUGACUGGUACGGAAUGCGGCGAACCUUGUGCCAACCAGCCGAAGUUCGAUACCUCCCAGAGCUCGACGUACGUAGGUAGCGAUGACGUGACAACGCUUUCCUUUAGCACUGGUAUCGGUGUGGACACUUUGCAAUCCGAGGACGAAUAUGUUCUGUGGCUCCGCGCAGGCCACGACACGGUGUCAGUUGGAGGGUUCAGCACACCCGACGUUGCAUUGAACACUAUCAUCAAUCAAACGGAAGCCUUCGACGCCGACCCGAUGGGCGGCAUCCAAGGUAUGGGGCCUGCGGCGAUCGGCUUCUGGAAAGGACUUCAGGAUCAGGGUAUAAACGCGCUCUUUGGACUGUACCUAUCCCCGAAGUCGGUCGGGAACGCGGAACUUACGAUCGGAGGAAUUGACUCAUCGAAGUACACCGGAGAUCUGACUUACGUUCCGAUAUCUCCCACCAGUGAUGGGUCCUGGGAACUCGACUCUCCCGCCGUCUAUGUCAAUGGCCAGACGGUAUCUGCCAUCAACACGGAACGCACCUUCAUCUUUGAUAGCGGUACUCCAAACGUUUACUUCGAUGACGCUGACGUCGUUGAGGCCAUCUAUGCGUUGAUCUCACCCGACAUCAAGCCCUACGACACCGAGCCUGGUACUUACGGGAUCGCAUGCGACAAGAUUGACCAGCUUCCUGCACAGAUCGACUUCACGUUCAUGGACACCUCUGGCACGCCGUUCAACCUGACGAUCCCGAGCAGCGAAUUCAACGUUGGGCCGUUCGAAGCUGAGCCGACGCUCUGCCAGACGAUGAUCAACGCUCUUGACGGCCUGGACUUGAUCGGCGGGAGCCUGCUCAAGCAGUACUACAGCGUGUGGGACAUCAGCAACCAGCAGAUGGCGUUUGCUAAGAGCACUUCAGCCGAGUGACAUGGGGCUUUACCAUCUCGCGUCAUAGCUCAGUAUUUGACGUAUAUUUAAUCAAUUGGACUUCGUAUUGAAGCCUCCCCAUAUCAUCCCCAGUGAUGCUAUCCAAGGCUGGCCUGAUUUUUCUCGUCAACCAUAGUAGCAUAAGUGGGGAGUUCCGUAAAGGGGGAAACCUGCAGAGCUGUUGAGUGAAGCAGGCCAAAAUAACCGAUGACCACUGCUGUUCCUGGCAGUGUGACUUGGAUGUACAUACACAUGAAAGCAUCCUUCUCUGUCGCGCUGCAUCCUCUGAUUCGGGGAGCACCGCAGACGUCUUUACUGGUACUUACGCCGAUGGAUUGACUUUUCGCCUGAGUGCGGUAGUGCCCAUUUUCGACGGCUUCG